AUGGGUACAAGCAGUCCCGGGAAGCACUGUAAAGUUAUCGCAGCGUUUGUUUCACUCUCAUCGCAUCUGAUUAUGCACCAAAUCGACGUCACGUCGGCUCACUUCUCGGUCGCGUUCAACAUACCACUAAACAACAUUAGUAUUUACUUUAGUAAAUUGUUUAGUUUCAGAUGCUUGCUGAUAGCUGCGGGUACUUUAACAGAAUACAUUGUUUCCCAGAUUUCGAAGCUUAUAGAUCCGGAUCCUGAUCCGGGCCCUGAUCCUGGAGGCGAAGUUGGUACCGGACAUAAAAAUCCAGUACCGAAGCAUAUUAAAUAUCGCAAAUGGAUCAGUAUGACGUGUUUUGGAGCCGUUUUAUUUGUUCGGUUGUUUUUAUUGAUUUUCUUAUAUUUUUCAUCGCAUCUAGGAUACCAUGUAUACGUCAUACUGAGUAUAGAGUCGUUCUUCUUCGGCUACUUCCACGCGUCAGUGCUUGCGAUCGUCCCAGAGCACUCACUGGCAGUGGCGCUGGCCGCGAACGCAUCUAGAUUCUUUAUUUUAUCAAUACAAGUGAUUCUAGAUUUUAUGUUUUAUUCACGACCACUGCUGAUGAUCAAAUUGCAAUGUUGGAUCGGAGUGAUUUUAACAACCGCAGCGUUUACAUCAUGGAUCUACUAUCACGAAUCUGAGACCUGCAAUGAUGUUCCGGCCCUGACGGCAAAUACCACAUCACAAGAAGCUCCGUCAGCGUCAUAUGAACAUCAAACCAUUUCUCAGCCGAAAACGAAAGGUUUCAUUACGACCUUCUUCGACGCAUUCUCACCAUUCAUGAUGUUCUUCGCCGGUUCCAUGUUUAAGGACUUCUUGUUCCCAGGAGUGUUGCCAUACGCCGUACUUCACAGGGACAAGUGCCACAUCAUCAACAUGUUGGUGCCAGUGGCAAACCUUAUCGGUCCAAUAAUUUUGUUCGUCUUGGAGUCACUCGAUUUAUUUAAAAAGUGGACAGGCACGUACAACGUGUUCUGGCUACUCGCAAUUCCUAUGGGUGUAAUAUUUGCCUAUUCAAUGCUGGCAAUUCACACACGAAACCCAUUAGCACGAAGAAUUGCAAACUCACGAGCACGAGUAAUGAUUAUCACACUAGGUGUGGUUUUCGGUAAUGGGUUUUUGGAUCCACUAAGCUUUGGAGGCGUAGCAAAGGUCGUAAAACCCGAAAGAAUUACAGAUGAAUCCGGAUCCCGAGAUUCGACAGGACAAGAAGUAGAGUUGGGGGAUAACAGCCUUAUUACCUUCCACGCAAUCUUAGCACUCUUUAUGCGUUACAUCUUCUCGAAGCUGUCAGUGGGAUAUAAUGAUACGAGGGUCAGCCUCGGAUACAUCAUCCCCAAGUUCAGACCGAACCACAAAAUGUCCAAAAGGAACCUUGCUUGGUACCUGUGUAGACAAACGUUUAAGAGGGCUGUCAUAGAUGCCAUUACCGACUUCCAGAAGAACAUACAGAACUACCUCUAA